AUGGCUCUUCCAAGGUUACUCAAGAGAUUCACUCUCUUUCUGACUGCUGUAACUCUUAUAUUCAACAUUUACAUCUAUACUUAUCCUUCUAUUCACCCUAAGGCAUGUUCAUGGAAAUGUCACGAAGAAAGUGCAUUGUCAGCGGAUGAGACCAAUCCAUUGGUAUCUUACUUCAAAGAUUUGCUCUCAUCCCACAAAGAUAAAAAUAAAGAUGAUAUUAGGUUAAUGGCUUUUGGUGAUCCUCAAAUUAAAGGUAUUUGGCCAAGUACUCCAUAUAUGACCAGACUAGACACAUUUGGGAAUGACUAUUAUUUGGGACACAUUUUCCGUAUGAUGUACAACAGAUUAAGACCUUCACAUGUUGCAGUUAUGGGAGAUUUGUUUUCGUCUCAGUGGAUUGGCGACUCAGAGUUCUUCAAUCGUACAGUGAGGUUCACAAAAAGGUUAUUCAACAGAGACCCUUCAUGGUUGUAUGAUAUUAAAGAAAAACAUCAUAACGAUCAAGGCAAGUAUGCUUCCGAUUGGAUUUCAUGGGCAGACAAUAUGACCGCGAUUAGAGAGAAGGGUAGACCAAUGGACCUUGGUUUCGGUUACGAGAAUGUAUAUAAUUGGACUGCCUCUGAUGAUUAUCUAUUUAUUAACAUUUCCGGAAACCAUGACAUCGGUUAUUCCGGUGAUGCUACCUAUCAGCAUGUGGCAAGAUACAAUGAGCUUUUUGGUAAGGAUAACUACUGGAUAGAGUAUGAUGCAGGGACUGAUCGUGCUUGGAGAUUGGUUGUGUUAAAUGAUUUACUUUUAGAAGGACCAGCUUUACAACCGGAAUUACUGGAUAUAAAUUGGGAAUUCUUGUAUCAAUUGAUUGAAAGAAAGUUCGAGGGAAGCACAGUACUUCUGACACACGUACCUUUCUAUAAACCGGCAGGACUUUGUUACGAUGGACCUGAAUUUAGAUACUACCCAGAUGAUUACGAAAGGGAACCAUACAAGGCCAAAUUGCUAAGAUCACAAAAUCAUUUAAGUGAUUCCAUUAGUAAUAGAGUUCUCAACUUAAUAUUUGACCGCAAUUAUCCAGGUAUAAUUCUAACUGGGCAUGACCAUGAGGGAUGCGAAACCUUUUACAACAAAAAUGCCGAAGAUGGUACAUGGUCAGCAUCUAGCACACCUUCAUCAGAUUCCCUCACCAUUAAAGAAAUAACCGUUAAGUCUAUGAUGGGACAGUACCAUGGAAAUACAGGUUUAGUAACAGGUCAUUUCAACGAAAAUACUAAACAAUGGGAAUGGCACUUUAGUUUGUGUCCAUUCUCAAUACAGCAUAUAUGGUGGUUUACAAAAGUUGUAACCAUAAUCACUGGAUUUUUAUGGUCUUUGGCGUUAUUCUUGUAA